UUGGGCGGAAUCCUCCAAGACCCUGACACGAAGAGAGUGGCGUUUGCUGAAAUCAUAGGCGUGGUUUUGGAUGAAGAUGCUCCGUCUGCUCCCGCUGGGAUCCCCACCUGCCCUCACACCGCGUUUGUCACCGAGCCAGCUGGAAUAUUCCUAAGCUUCAGGACUGUACAGCAAGCGUUAGAUUAUAUUUCAUUUUUGUCUCAGAGGGUAUAGAUUUCUUUUCGUCUGGAGAUUCGGUGUAAUUACGGCGCUGUGGGCGCACGGGUCGCCCGGUUUUAUCACCUCCAGAGCGGCGGUGGCGCACGGAGAUAAACAAGAGCGGACAUUCGCGUGGCCUCCAGGCAGCGGCAGAGGAACCACAGCAGAGACCCUGGUUCAUGUGUAGGGCUGUUCGACGCGCAAGUUGUGCCCGCCGCGGUUCUUAAGGAUGGAAAAUACACACAAGAUACCCAACAGAUCACUCUGGCUUGGCUUACUUGUGGUGGCGUCUGUUUUACUUCUAGUGGACAGCAAGAAAUCCAAGCCGCUUCGCUGUCCCUUAGACUGUACAUGUUCCAAAGAUAACGCGCUGUGCGAAAGCGCAGCACAGAUCCGUCGCAGCUUCCACCGAGAUAUCACAUCUCUAUCAUUUGUCAAGUCUGAAUUCACUGAAAUUCCGAAAGAGAGCUUUAUCCACACGCCUGCCCUGCAUCUCCUCCUCUUCACAGCCAACAACCUGGACUCUAUAAAUGAGGAUGCAUUCAUUGGUCUUCCUCACCUAGAAUAUCUAUUCAUUGAAAACAACCAAAUCCAUUUGAUAUCACCACAUGCUUUUCGUGGACUGAAAACCUUAGUGCACCUGAGUCUGGCCUACAAUAAUCUUGAGACGCUGCCCAAAGAUUUGUUCAAGGGUCUCGAGGCCCUGACAAAAGUAGAUUUGCGGGGGAACCAGUUCAUCUGUGACUGUAAGCUGAAAUGGCUGGUGGAGUGGAUAUACAGCACCAACGCCACCGUCGAUCAGAUUUACUGUAAAGGCCCGGCCUCGCAGCUCGACAAGAAGAUCAACGACCUGCUGCCACAGUCAUUCGACUGCAUCACCACAGAGUUUGAACCCUACCAGUCCAUGGAUUUUAAUUCCAUAUCAGUGGAAGCAUUUUCUUUUAGGAAUGACCAGUUUGUCGUGUUUGCUCAGCCCUUCAGUGGCAAGUGCAGCUUUCUAGAGUGGGAUCAUGUGGAGAUGGUCUUCAGAAACUAUGAUGUUAUUGACAGCACAUCCACAGUGGUCUGCAAACCCCUGGUUAUUGACAACCAGCUUUUUAUCAUUGUGGCUCAGUUGUUUGGUGGCUCGCACAUCUACAAGCGUGACACAUCUGCUAACAAAUUCAUCAAGCUCCAAGGCAUUGACAUCCUGAAAAUCCGCAAACCGAACGACAUUGAGACGUUCCGCAUUGAUGGCGAAUCCUUCUUCAUCAUAGCAGACAGCUCCAAGGCCGGAUCCACCACCAUCUACAAGUGGAAUGGCAAUGGCUUCUACUCGCAUCAGUCCCUCCACCAGUGGUACCGUGACACUGAUGUGGAGUACAUGGAGAUCUCCUCCAAACCUCACCUGAUCCUGUCUAGCAGCUCCCAGCGGCCCGUCAUCUACCAGUGGAGCAAAAGCACCAAGCUGUUUGACAGGCGCACCGACAUCCCAGAGAUGGAGGACGUGUACGCCGUGAAGCAUUUCCAGGUCAAAUCCGACCUUUUCAUCUGCCUGACGCGCUUCAUUGGGGACUCCAAAGUGAUGCGCUGGGACGGGGCCCUCUUUAGAGAAUUGCAGACCAUGCCUUCCCGUGGCUCCAUGGUAUUCCAGCCCUUCACUGUGGGAAGUUGGCAGUAUGCCAUUCUUGGCAGCGAUUACUCUUUCACCCAGGUGUACCGCUGGGAUGCCAAAAAGGGUGAAUUUGUUCGUUUUCAGGAGCUGAACAUACAGGCACCAAGGGCCUUCUCUCCAAUUUCCAUAGACAACCGUCAAUUCCUGCUGGCCUCCAGUUUCAAAGGGAAAACUCAGAUCUAUGAGCACCGGAUCAUUGAUCUGAGCAACUGAGCUAAUUUUUCUUCUGAGGCAGAUUGGUUGGUGGGUGAAUUUUGUGAUUUUUGUCUAGACAGAAGGGUGUUGCAGUGCUGAGCGACUCAGAAAGUGUUGAUCCUAACUUGAGAACAGCAGGCAGUACUUCUACUGAUUUAAAAACCCUUCUAGUUAAAUUAGUGUGCAGUAGAUUAAAGGAUAAUUGCAUGCAUCUCAACCAAACAUAUGUCUGAGAUGCAUUUUGAGUCCAAUGCAUGCACCUCAAGUUAGGAUUAGACCAAAUAUGUUGUCAUUAAUGCAUGUCCCAUCCCAAUAAAUGCAACAUCCAUGUUCACUAAUGCAUUACAUCUAACACCGGCCAGUAACUUUUUAAUUUUUAAUGUGCGUUCAGCCUUUCGUGUCCCUCAAUAUUUAUACAUUUCUAAUCUCAUAUAUUUAUCUACAGAAAGAAAUUAAAUUGUACUUUUUAACCUAUUAACAUGUUUAACUGAACAAUCUGCCAAAAUGAAAUGUUUACAUUUUUCUGUCUUUUCAUUUGUAAAUGAAGCUUUUAAGAAUUUUUAAGAGAUUAACAAUGACCGCAGCAGUUAGAUUAUUAUUAGAUAUUUGUUGGAUAAUGAUUUAAAAUGAUGGUUUUAAUUUGGAAAAUAUCAAAGGUUAUGUAAGAGUCUUGCAGCUUACAUUUUUAUUGUUAACUGUUUGUAUAAUGUUUAAAGUAUUCGAAAAUACAGUUUUUCAUAACUGGGAACUUUUGAAGGUAUUUUCAGACAUUUUAGAGCACUGAAAUGAAGGAGGACGUUUGUCAUAACGCUUUACCUUUGACUAACAUGUCUGCAGAAUGCAUUGGUUGUGUCAUAUUAGGACUGAUAUCAUGCCAUUUACUCAACAGAGUCAAUAAAAGUUAACAUUUCA